AUGCCCCCACGCCGUUCUGCCCGUGUUGCGUCCCACGACGAGCCCUCCUCAAAAAAACCAAAAUACGAAGAACCAGACUCGGACUCGGACUUUGAGGCCGAGGAGGAAGCCGAGUUGGAAGUUGGAGAUGAACUCCCCCAGAUCACACUCAAGGACGACCACGAAAAAGAGGUUGACGUGGCAGAUGUCGUCAAAAACAACAAGUACGUCGUCAUCUUCGCCUACCCCAAGGCACUGACCCCAGGCUGCACCAGACAGGCCUGUGGCUUUCUGAAGCUGUACCAGAGCUUUGUGGACAACAACACCAAGGUGUAUGGAUUGUCGACGGAUAGCCCCAAGGCGCAGCUGAGCUUUGUGAGCAAGCAGGGGUUGCGUUUUCCUUUGUUGUCGGAUCCAGAGAGACAGUUGAUUGGCCUUUUGGGUGCAAAAAAGACCCCCAGCGGCACCAAGAGGUCCCACUGGAUCUUUGUCGACGGCAAGCUUGCCGUGAAGAAGGUGCAGAUUCUGCCCGAGGACUCCUUCACCACCGCCUUGAGCGACAUCGAGGGAUUUGUGGCCAAGAAUGGGGGUGAGUCUAAGGCUGAACCCCAGGCUGAAGAGCCAAAGGCUGAACCCCAGGCCGAGGAGCCAGAGGCUGAACCCAAGGAGGAACCACAGGCUGCUCCAGCUCCAGAGGCAAACGGCGCCGACGAGGCCGCCGAACCAAAAGUAGAGGCCUAG